CUAAGGAAACUUAGUUGGUUAAGGCAGUUACAGCCCAAGGAUAAUGCCUUGUAACUUGAAUCAUAAGCAGUCUUUCCACAACUUACAAGCAAAUCAUAGUCACUUAAUUAACAAAUGUUAUUUCCCCAGUAUGUUCACUUAAUUGACAGCAAGCCAAGGCAUUCUUCCAUGACCUCAGCCUCCUCGUCCUCCCCUAGAACUGGCUUCCAUGGAGGUGAAGAACUGCUCUGCGGUGACAGAGUUCAUCCUUUUGGGAAUCCCACACACAGAGGGGCUGGAGAUGAUACUUUUUGUCUUAUUCUUGCCCAUCUAUGCCUGCACUCUGCUGGGGAAUGUGUCUAUCCUUGUUGCUGUUAUUUCUUCUGCUCGCCUUCACACGCCUAUGUAUUUCUUCCUGGGAAACUUGUCUGUGUUUGAUAUGGGUUUCUCUUCAGUGACUUGUCCCAAAAUGCUGCUCUACCUGAUGGGACUGAGCCGACUCAUCUCCUACAAACACUGUGUCUCCCAGCUCUUCUUCUUCCAUUUCCUUGGGAGCAUUGAGUGCUUCUUGUAUACAGUGAUGGCCUAUGACCGCUUCACUGCCAUCUGUUAUCCUCUGCAAUACACAGUCAUCAUGAACCCUAGGAUCUGUGUGGCCUUGGCUGUGGGCACAUGGCUGUUAGGGUGCAUUCAUUCCAGCAUCUUGACUUCCCUCACCUUCACCUUGCCAUACUGUGGUCCCAAUGAAGUGGAUCACUUCUUCUGUGAUAUUCCAGCACUCUUGCCCUUGGCCUAUGCUGACACAUCUUGGGCCCAGUGGGUGAGCUUCACCAACGUUGGCCUCGUAUCUCUUGUCUGCUUUCUCCUAAUUCUUUUAUCCUACACUAGAAUCACAGUUUCUAUCUUGAGUAUUCGUACAACCGAAGGCCGUCGCCGAGCCUUCUCCACCUGCAGUGCUCACCUCAUUGCCAUCCUCUGUGCCUAUGGGCCCAUCAUCACUGUCUACCUGCAGCCUACACCCAACCCCAUGCUGGGAACCAUGGUACAAAUUCUGAUGAAUCUGGUAGGACCAAUGCUGAACCCUUUGAUCUACACUUUGAGGAAUAAGGAAGUAAAAACAGCCCUGAAAACAAUAUUGCACAGGGCAGGUCAGAUUCCUGUUAGUAAGAGCAGAUAAAUGGGUACAUGACUCUGGAAUUCCUUCUGCUUUGACAUAUGAAAUUUCACUUUGGAAUCUUCAUGUGUGACAACAACUUUGAAAUUUUCAGCAGGUGAAUAAUAUGGACCACUAUGCUAUAAUACAUUAUCUUUUUGCAUAUUUUAUUUUAUUGUAUUAUCUAAGUUCUGCCUCUUCACCUAUCUUCAAAGUAAUAUAGUCUUGGUUAUUAUUACUUUGCCUUUCUUCUAUAGAGAAUUCCCUGUCCCUGGAAGGAAGGUCUUUUCUAUCAUGCCAUUUUCUUUUUCACCGCUUUUCUCAAUUUACUCCCCUCACACUAUUAGUGAGAAAAACCUAUGGGGAAAGGCAAUAAAAAAGGAGAAAAGAGAUUUUAAAUAACUGAUUAAAAGAAUAAUAUAAUUUUAAAAGUAUACAGGCUGGGCACGGUGGCUCACACCUAUAAUCCCAGCACUUUGGGAGGCCAAGGCAGGUGGAUCACGAGGUCAAAAGAUCAAGACCAUCCUGUUCAACAUGGUGAAACCCCGUCUCUACUAAAAAUACAAAAAUUAGCAGGGCAUGAUGGCUUACGCCUGUAGUCCAAGCUACUUGGGAGGCUGAGGCAGGAGAAUUGCUUGAACCCAGGAGGCAGAGGUUGCGGUGAGCCGAGAUCAUGCCAUUGCACUCCAGCCUGGGUAACAAGAGCAAAACUCCAUCUCAAAAGUAAAUACAUAAAUAAAUAAAUAAAUAAAACAAAAAUAUUAACAGACUAAGGACUAGAGUCAAGAUGUAGGUUUUUUGUUUUGUUUUGUUCCUUUCUCAAACAUCUGGAAAGGGAAUUACUUAGAAUUUGUCAGCAAGGAUGUUCAUCCCAUAUCUGACCUCAUGCCUGAUUUCUCUGCCUCAAGGUUUUUAGGCAGAUCAGAUUAGCCCCACUGCCUAAGGAAAGCGAAAAGCAUUGUGGCUAGUCUACCAAACUUGAGUCUGUUUCCAUCUUGCUACCAGCUACUAAUGUGGCAAGUAGUGUGGUAACUAUUUAGUAGUUUUAUCAGGUCAGGUGAAUGGAUUGGGCCAAUGGCUUUCCAAGCCUGAUUCAAGGAGCCCUGAGCCUCCAGUGAAUUUAUCCUGAGGUUUCCAUAUUAAAUAUAGUUAGUGAGAACUUUCUGUUUGCUUAUCAUAUGUGUUAAGUUUUUAGGUAAGAUUCCACUGGAAGAAGUUUGAAGCUUCUGGACUUUUUGAUCUCUCUGGUACCUUGUAAGGUUAAAAAGCAUGAUCCCUGUGGUACCGUGCAAGAUUAAAAAACAUUUUUGUUCUGCCCAUAACUUUAAAGGUGUUUCUGCCUUUUCUUUGACACCUGAAUCUCAGCCUUACCUCUUAGAUGUUCACUUGGGCUUGCUAGACUUGGUAAGCUUCAUGGAUUAUUCCAUUACCUGCCAAACAAUUCUACUCUUCCAAAAAAAUCUGUAAAGAAAAUAUUUAUACUUAUAUUUGGUCUCAGGCAACCUCCUCACUUUUUGAUGUGUAUCAAAAUUAUCUACUUUGACUCAAAAACAGCUACACAGAAGCUUUGUGGAGCCAUUGAUUAGAUCUGAAAACCCCAUAGAAGACAGAGAUACUUAGCAUUUUCCUGGAUUCAUUGUAUGAACUGCCUAGGGUACACAUAAUUUUAUCUCUUUACACCUCUUACCAAAAUACUAGGCACCAUGUUAUCAAAAUUCUAACUAGAAAGCUUCCUAAUCCACUGUGAUGUACGAAAAUAAAUUCAGCUUCAUAUUCUCCGUUUUAUCCCUUUUUAAAAAUCUCCUAAGCAUGACACCCACAUUGCAAAGUUUCCUUCCAGAAUUCUCCAUAUCCUUGGAACUACCAAGUUUAUAAUUGUCUUAAUAGCCUCUUCACUUAUUUGUGCCUCAAAUUUCUGUCUUGGAUUCAGUAGUAUAAACAUUGUCAUUUUUAGAGGCCUAUUUGUCAGAUAUUAUCAGAAAUUCUAUAUAAAAUUAUCUCAUUUAUUCCUCAAAACAAUCUUUGAUAUUUGUGCUAUUGUUCCCACUUUACCAUGAGAGGCCCAGGAUAUAAAAGCAAGGCUUUUACGCUUAAACACUAAGAAACUGCUUCCAAAAUGCUUAGAAAUCUUUCCAACUAGGAAGAGAUAAGAAACCAAGAGGAAGCACCUGACUUCAUCCGUGUCAGCCCAAGAAGCAUAUUACAUCCAAGAUAGAGUUAUUUUCUCCCACUCUUACAAAGGAAACAGUAACCAAGGGAGUCAAUGGUGGGCUUAACUCCAGAACGUAGAUGGCAGAGGCCUCAAGUGGGUGAGGCAUCUCAGUGCGGCAGAGGCCACACUGAGAAAUGAUUGGGCAUACCAAGAGGGACACAGCAAUGGUGACUCAGAAAAGAAGGGCCACACAGGAAUAAGCAGUGUCACAUCUUCAUGUCUUCUUCCAGUAAAAACAGACAAGAGCCAUAGAUGAAGGCACGGGAACCUUUGUAUCACUGAGUAUUGCUGGAAGGAGGAGAGGUGACUGAGAAUACAAAAAUCAGCAAGAGCUUGAAAGAAAGCCCUGUCUCCAAAUACCCACCUUAUGCCUUCUGUCACCUGUGCUCCACCCCUCUCAUUAGGAAGUAUCCUGACUAAUAUAAGGAGAUGGCUGUUGACUUUCAGUUACUGAUUUCUCACUCAA